UGGCUGCUUGACCAUUGAUAGCGGCUUGCUGUCAAAAUAGUGGAAUCAUUUUCGACGACGCGUCGUAUACUUUAUGUUGUAUUAAAACAAUCUGGAUGCAUGUUGUUAAUUUGCAGACCGAAUGAAUUACAUAGUUUAUACCGGUGUUAACUCGAAUAUUACCUUGCGGAGGUCAUUUACACCUUCGCAACAGGCUUCGUGUCGUGCCCAUUGAAUUCCAUUCGACACUGUUUACUUGUGAAAAUGAGUGAAGAAGGCAGUGAGGACUCACCACCAAGGCCUAAGCGCAAAAUCAAAAAAGUGAUGGUGCUUUCAUCAGACUCUAGUUCGGAUAGCGAUGAAAGCGUCGCAGGAGCGGGAUCACGUAGGAAGAGAUUGAGGGUGCUGAGUGAUGAGGGUAGCGACAGCAGUGGUAGUUCGGUGGUGUGCGCGGGAGCUCGUCGAAAACGCACUCUACCUAAGCUGCGGGAUUCUGAGGGCGACAGCGACACGUCAGGCUGGGCCACGGAUCAUUCAGACGCUCCCAAACCGACGACGGCAGUGAAACCUACUUCUGGCUUUGCAUCAGAUAGUUCUGAAGGCAAUUCUGACAAAUGCUCAAUUUGCCUAAUGCGUUUCACCCACCAAGAAGUAGGGACACCACAAAACUGUGAACAUAUAUUCUGUCUAGACUGUAUCACAGAGUGGUCAAGAAAUGUCAACACCUGUCCUGUGGAUAGAAUGAAUUUUGAUUUCAUAGUAGUGAGAGCCUGUGCUGGUGGUCGUGUACUACGUACUGAGCCAGUGAAAGUGGUGGAGCGCAGGCCUUCUGUUGAUCUACUUGUCAUUGAAGAUCCCACUAUUUGCGAGGUGUGUGGCCGCACAGACAAUGAGGAGACUAUGCUCCUGUGUGAUGGCUGUGACCUCGGGUAUCACAUGCAGUGUCUCACUCCCCCACUGUCUGAGGUGCCUGCAGAGCAGUGGCUUUGUCCCAAUUGUGACAAUCUAUUAACAGAUGUGGACUAUAUAUUCUCUAGCAUCACAGAUGUUGAUGUGCCAUCUAGAUCUAGUGCACUUGCCAGGGAGGGAAGAAUUGUUAGAUCAUCAAGAAGUCAUAGGAGUACAGAUGAACCUUCCACAUCUGGGUCCAGUGGUAGUCAAUUGAAUUUUGAUGACAUACCAACAACAUCUAGAGGCAGAUCUUCUCGAUCAGCCAAUAGUACUACCUCAAGAACGUCUACAGCUAGACACAAAACUACGGCUCAUACAAAUCGUAGAAGACCAAAGAAAAGACGAACUAAAACUGUCAUUAUUGAGUAUGAAGUUCAAGAAAAUGGAAAAUUUCCAGUAACUAAACGAGUUAAAAGGAAACUGAAGAAACGAAAGUCAAAGAGACGUCAGCCGCGCACGGCAGCCCGGCGGUCGCACGUCCUCGCCAGCGUGCGCGCCAAGCUGGCCAGCGUCGGCGCGGCGCGAGCCGGUACAGGGCCGGCGCGGGCCGGUACAGGGCCGGCGCGGGCCGCCCUUGGCGGCGCCGGCGAUCUCGAGCUGUCCACACGGCGCCAGCGCGCCGGGAUCCCGUCGCUGAGUUUGUUUGGCAACCCUCAUGAAAUCGAAUAUUUCUCCGAGGAGGACGAAGGCGUCUCUGAAAGCGCCAGCACGGCGGUGGCGGCUCGACCGACGUCCAACAUUCUUAGUGCAUACAGACAGGCUCGAAGAAAGAUGAUCUCUAUUCCGUCUCCUCCACACGCAUCAUCGGCUCCUGACGUUCUUUCUUCUAUCCUCGAAAGUCAAACUUUACUUCAUUCAAAAAAAUCUGUGGUAUCAAUUUCUGUAGACGGGAGUGUAAAUAUAAAACUAGAAACCAGAGAAAAGUUACCUAAAAAAAUGACAGACGAACCAAAAGAGAAUAAAAAGAUUGAUAUCACGCGAGGAGAGGACGCUGCCAAGAAAGUACCUUCGUACCCUGGACAAUCCCGCGGAGGCCGAGGCUGGGGCGGCGGAUACACCGGGAACUACCACCGCGAGCAAGGCUCCAGCAACCUGAACAACAGAGGUGGCAACUACGAUAAUAACUACAACUCCGGAGGUUACCAGAAUCGGCAGGGGAACGCGUUUAGCCAUAACAACAACGGACGGCGUGACGACCAGGACGCCUACAACAAUUACUCGAGGAGAGUGCAUCAGUACCCACAGGGCGACGAAUCGCAGUUUGAUCGAAACAGGAGACAACCACCCGAACAAAACAGAGGCCAGAACAAUCAACAGCGCCACAAUGAUCAAAACCGAUACAGCUUAGCACCGUCGUGGCAACCCUAUGUGCCACCACCCGUCGGGCCUAGGAACGAUCCUCCUAUUCAACAUAGGCACUCAUUCGGAGGUUUUGAAAAUCCCCUCGAUAUGAGAAUGGGUCCAAUUAGGCGACAGAACUCAGCUAAUAAUAACUCUGUAACACUCAACGAAUCACAAAGCGUGCAACAGCCGGCCAGUAAGCCACAAGCACAGCCGUACCGGCCUCUACCCGAGCCACCGGUGUUUAACUUCAAUAAAACUCCAGACCUCGAUAAAUCUGAGGAUGAAAAGAGUGAUUCUAGUUUAGUUAUAGAUACGGAAAAGUACGACCCCACGGAACCGACUAACGACGAUGACAGUGGGGACGACGACACUACCACCCUGGCGGCCAUCGAGCCGCAGCCCAGCGCUGCGCCCCCAGCGCCCCCAGCUUCCUCGCCGCCUUCGGUGGGCGCCAGUUCACUGGACGCCAGCUCACUGGGCGCCAGCUCACUGGGCGCCAGCUCACUGGACGCCGGCGUGCUGGACAGCGCGGUGCGGCAGGUGCUGCACGAGCACCGCGAGCUACUGGCGGCGCCCGCGCCCGCGCCGCCCAGCGCCAGCGACGACGACGACGAAGGCGACUGCCCUAACUUCUCCAUAUACUCCGCCACCAGCGUGCACAUCGCCAACAACACGGCCGAGCUGCCCAGCGAGCCGCCGCCGGCGCCCGCCUCGCUGCACGACAGCCUGGAGGACCUGGUGCAGGAGGACGACGAGGUGCCCGACCCCGCCGAGCCCGAGCCCCGGCCCCAGCGCGAGCCCUCCCCCCAACCCACUCGCACCGAGACUGUGACGACCCGUUAUACUACUGAUUCUAUUUCUAAGAAAAAAUCAGAAGAAGAAUUAAAAGAGAAAGUCUCGAAGCGUUGUCCGAUCACUACUAAUCCGCGCAAUCCCAUAAAGAUAAAGCUGAAUACGCCGUCGUUAAUUAAACGACAAGUCAGUCUUUACGAUGAAGAUUUAGAAGAUGAAGAAGAAGUGAUCGAAGAUAAUGAGGUCACGGAGACCACGGAGCCCGACGUGGAAGCUCGAGACAAGCGCUCCAGUACCGACCGCGACUCCCCGCUCUGUGACGAGGAACUCUCGUCCGUGCCCGCACACGAUCCUCAGUCGACCACUUCAGCCGAAGUCAACCACAGGUAUUCGGGUACAACACAAGUAGAGACUCAAAAGAGUUCUGCUGAAACAGAGGAGCAUGCUGGCCCUGAGUCGGAGGCAGAGCAUGCAGACGUCGCGCCAGGCCCGGCGGCCGCGCGGGACCAGGACAGCCCGCGCAGCUCGCCCGACCUCUCCACCGACACCGAGCUGCCGCUACUCGAGCGCUCGCCCAGGAAGGGCUCUGUCGACAGAACUGAUGAACUUAUUGAAAAAAUGACUGAAUCUAUUAGUGAAACGGAAGACGAACGCAGUUACACGCCGUGCCUCGACGAGAACAAGUCGAAAGAUACAUCUUUAGAGACCGAGAAAGAAAAAGGCAUAGAAGGACUAGACACCGAAAUGAUAUCUGAGGACGAGGGCAACGGCUUGUUUUCCGAUAACGAGCGCGCGCCGUCCGAGCAGUCGCGCGGGUCUCCAGCCAAGCUGCCCACCAACGAGAACGAGGAGGGAGAGAUCGUCGACAAGAAGAAGGAGGCGCGCGUCGAGGAUGGCAAGAAGAAGAAGAAGAAAGAAUCCAAGAAGGAGAGCAAAGACAAGGCUAAGACUAAAAGCAAAAAGGGAGAGGUCGCCUUUAAGAAACUUAGCAAGAGUGGCAAAGAGAGGAACUAUAGAGAUAAAGACAAAAAACGAGAAAGGCGAGACUCCAGCGACGGAGAGCGCGAGCGAGCCAAGCAGCGCCGCAAGGAGCGCAGGAAGGAUCUCGAGCGGUACGACGUCCGCACCGUCGUGUCUGACAAGCGGCGCCGGCCCAAGGACGCCUUCGGACGCGACGUAUCACCCCGCGCCCGUUCCCCCCGCCUGCCUCGUGCAUCCCGCUCUCCCCACGCGCCCCGUGCGUCCCGGUCGCCCCGGACGGGGCGCCUCUCUCGUUCACCCCGUGCAAGCCGUCUGUCUCGCUCUCCCCGCCUGUCCCGCUCCCCGCGCAUGUCCCGGUCCCCCCCGCGCCUGACACCAGUGCGGCGCGCCCGUUUGUCGGCAUCUCCGCGCUCAUCUCCCCGCGCCGCGUCCCCCGCGCGGGCGCCUCGUCGCCGCCGCCGCUCCACUGAGCGAGAGAAGCGAGUGGAAUCUCGCAAGCGACGCUCCGCUGAACGUUCGCGAAAACGACGUCGAUCAGGCUCUGGUUCUAAAAGUCCACGUUCCAAACCUACAAAAAGAAAAAAACGUAUUCGUUCCGAACGCUCGGUCUCUCGACGUCGCUCUCCACGAAGGCGCAGUCCGCGUCGUCGUCGCGCCCGCCGACGCAGCGCCAGUCGCUCACCGGAGCCGUCCCCAGCAGGCUCGGGGGGCGUAGCCCCGGCCGCAGGCUCAGGGGGCGCGGGGUCCGUAGACUCACAGCUGCUGUCCCCGCGCCCGGCCCCUCCAAGGAAGUGUUCACAUCGGGAGACAACAUUCUCGUCAGCGUCAGCUUCAAGGAGCAGGACCACGCCGGCGCCGGCGCCCGCGGCCCAGGCGCCUCCCGUGCGCAUCGUACUACCUUCACCUACGCGUUCACAGCCGCCUAAAUUGUUCCUGGCCAAGCCCUCCCCGAUCAAGUCGGAUCCUAUCAAACCUAUGCAAGCCACAAAGAUCCAGCGGCCGGCGGCGCUGGGCCCCAGCACGGCGGCCGUGGCGGCGCGGCGCCGGGACGGGCCGGAGUCGGACGGCGACGCGGACUCGCCCUACUCGCCGGGCUCCAGCGACUUCGGCGACCUCUUCGAGCCCCCGGCGGGCGCGCGCGGCGCCUUCGACGCGCUGCUGGACCGGCCGCGCCGCAAGCGGCCGCAGGGCGCCGCCAAGGUGCCGGUCAAGCUCAGCCGGAAGAAAGGCAAAACACAAGUGGGAGUCAAGAUCGACGAGGACAAUUUGAAGAUUCUCGACGAUCUCCCCAGCUCGGCCGUCGAGAUGCAAGUGAAGAGCAAAUUCCUGAAGAAGUUGAACCGCCAGGAGCGCGUGGUGGAGGAAGUGAAGUUGGUGCUGAAGCCGCACUACAACAAGAAACAUGUCACCAAGGACGAGUACAAGGACAUCCUGCGCCGCGCCGUGCCCAAGAUCUGCCACAACAAGACGGGAGAAAUCAAUCCAGCUAAAAUUCAAGCGCUCGUAGAGGCGUAUGUGAAAAAGUUCAGAAAAAAACAUAAACUGGGACUAGUUUAGUGACGCCAGUGGUGACUAGUGGUGACUGGUGGCUACUGGUGGUGACUGGUGGCUACUGGUGGCGACUGGUGGAUAGUUGUAUACAUAGUGUAGCAUAGAGAGAGGGGCGCGCAGGCCUGCCUGGCACUUCUAUCAGAAUAAUAUUGUAAUUAUAAUUUAUGUAAUGACGAUCUAUUUUACUUAAACUUUUAUUUAAAUAAAU